CCCCUUUUUUUCCUCCUCCGUUUCAUAUUCUGCUUUGUCUCUCAUUUGUUUCCUUUUGUUGAUCUUUUUUUAAAUAUAUAUAUUUUUUUACUUUACCUUUUCCCUUCUACAAAAUCAGUCUUUUAUCUUCUUCUUCUUCUUCUUCUUCUUUCUUGAGCCUAGCUAAUAGCUACCUGCUUCAUGGCUGUUUCACCCACAAGCUCUUCUAGCUUGGAGUUGACCAUAUCCAUGCCUGGCUUCUCUUCAUCCCCGUCUCUUCCUUCAUCUGGUGAAGGGGGUUAUGCAGUGAGAGAUUUGGACAUAAACCAAGUACCUUCAGCAGCAGAAGAAGAAUGGAUCACUGUUGGUAUGGAUGAUGAAGAGGAAAGCACUAAUGGAGCCACUCCUCGCAAAAAGCUCCGUCUUUCCAAGGAACAGUCUCGUCUUCUUGAAGAAAGUUUCAGGCAACACCACACCUUAAACCCAAGGCAGAAAGAGGCAUUGGCUAUGCAGUUGAGGCUUAGGCCAAGACAAGUUGAGGUGUGGUUUCAAAAUCGUAGGGCCAGGAGCAAGCUUAAGCAGACAGAGAUGGAAUGCGAGUAUUUGAAGAGGUGGUUUGGUUCCCUAACAGAGCAGAACAGAAGGCUACAAAGGGAAGUAGAGGAGCUUAGGGCAAUGAAGGUGGGCCCCCCAACUGUGAUAUCCCCUCACAGUUGUGAGCCUCUCCCAGCAUCCACCCUCACUAUGUGCCCACGUUGUGAACGUGUCACCACCACCACCUCCCUGGACAAGGGUCCCACCAAAACCACCGCCACUGCUUCCACCGUUGCUACAGCCACAGCCGCCACCUUGUCUUCUAAAGUUGGAACACAAACCCUGCAAUCUCGUCAAUCUUCCGCAGCUUGUUAGUCUCUGCUCUAGUCAAUGAUUAAUUUACUUGGAAAGAAGAAAAUAGGUCAAGAGGAAUGUUCAUAAUAGUUUACACCCAGGAAAAAGAAAUGUAUGCAUGGGAUAGAUACUGUAUACUCGUAUCUACAUGGUAUCUAAUCUACAUAUGGAUAAUUUACUUGCUA